ACAAGCAGGUUUGUAUCUGUUUGCAGUAGGACCCGCCCUCUACAUAGCUCCUUGAUUGACGUAAACUAUGCGACGACCCUGGAUUGCAAGAUGUCCAAUAAUUAUGACUGCGAUUAAUGAUUAACUAUAAUAAAUCAAAUAUUAAGAAAAAACAUCUCAGUGUCUUCUUAGUGGUAUGUAUUAUUGUAAUGUCAGGGACGGUUUACACACCCCUACCUCUUUCCCAUCACUAUGUGAUAUUAAUUUGGACCUUACCCCUUCACCGCGAUAACCCGGCCCUGAUAUAACUGGUCGCACACCUAGCUGGUGAGAUUAGAGACAACUGACUUCAGGGACAUAUCAUCAUGAAGCUGUCCCUUGUGGCAUGUGUUUUACUUUUGUUAGGCUAUGUGUCGUCCCAGGCCAGCGUGAGGAUCGAGGUUGACACUGGCUCAGUGAGGUACUUCUCCAGUGCAGUACCCAAGGAAGGGAUAACCAUCACGGUAAGGUCUAUUCAGGGCACAGGUGUCCUAUAUUUCUCCACACAAACCAGGACCCCGGGACCGACCUCCAAUGAGGGCAAGGUGGACCUCGCUAAUGGCACCUCCCAUCUGGUCUUCAUAGACGGGAAGGGAACAGACGAGAUCCACGGCGCCCUAGCGGCUCUGGACUCCGGUGUGGACGGCAGCGGUGAUGGCGCAGACGAUAAGGUCAUCAUUGAAUUACAGGCGCAAAAUGGCGACCACAGACCAGAUCUGUGUGCAAGCGGUCCCUGUCAAAAUGGCGCCACGUGUCAAAAUGGCGGAAACGCCUAUAGCUGCACGUGCCCCGCGGGAUUCCAGGGAAUAAACUGUGAUAUUGACAUAAAUGAAUGUGACAGUUAUCCUUGCCAAAAUGGCGGGACGUGCCGAGACAGUGUCAAUGACUACAGUUGUACCUGUCAUCCAGGGUUCAAAGGGAAAAGUUGCGAGAUCAACAUUGAUGAAUGUGACAGCACACCAUGUCAAAAUGGAGGAAAGUGUCAAGAUGACAUCAACGGCUACAGUUGCAUGUGUCCAGGCGGGUUCCAGGGGAAAAACUGCGAAAUUGCCCCCACUUUCAAGAACCCAUGCCAGUCAUCUCAGUUCCAGGCCGGGCACCUGUUCUUUAAGCAUCCUAGUGACAGGUCCAAAUACGUCCAAUGUGACCUAUGGGGGAACAUGUACAUCGGGAGCUGUCCGGGUAACCUUCUGUGGAGUGAGGUCAUAGACGCCUGCGUCCAUCCUACACAUCACGCCAACUUACUGGGAGGGCGCGGCAAGAGGCUGGCGGUCCUGUUCAAUCCGUGUGCUAUCAAGGCCAACAUCGAUGCUGGUCGCCUGUACCACCCCUAUCCCGGUGACAAAGCCAAGUACAUACAGUGUGAUAAGGUCGGUAAUAUGUUCAUCAAGGACUGCGCUCCAGGGUCUUGGUGGAACCAGCAAAACGAGACCUGCGGUGAUCACGCCAAGCCGGGACCAAAACCGUUCAAUAUCAAAACCACCACCCUUCCCCCAACCACCACCACUACGACCACCCCAAAACCACCCAAAAACCCCUGCACGCAAACGAAUAUAGCAAAUGGGGCUUUGUACCACCCGUACCCCGGAGACAAGACCAAAUACAUCCAAUGCGACCUCUGGGGAAGCAUGUAUGUGAAGCAGUGCGGUGCCGGUACUUGGUGGAAUCAGAAGAACGAAACCUGUGUUGACGCCAUCGCCGAGGCCCUGAUCAAAUACGGUGUUUUCAAGCCUGCUGUUCGUCUGGCAGCCACUCCAACCCAGGCACCUUCAACCAGAACCUGA